AUGGCGGAUGCUCCUCCUCCUCAGCCACCGUCGGGUUGGAACUUCGCUGCCAUGGCCGGGAACGUAGUGCAGUUUCUCAGACUCCCCGUCCUGGCAUCUGGCGGUCUGGCCGUCGUAGCCAGCGGCAUGCUUUAUUUUAAACAAAAUGACCUGAUCUAUCCCCGCAACAUACCCGCCGAUGCACGAACAAACGUUCCCAAGCCAUCAGACUUCGGCAUGACCAACUUCGAAGACCUUCGUAUCCCCACCCCCGACGGAGAGGUGCUAGCAGCCUACUUCAUUCGCCCUUCAAACAGAAAGAUCAAAGCGCAGGUCACUGUGCUCAUGUUCCACGGGAAUGCGGGGAAUAUCGGCCACCGCGCUCCCAUAGCCCAUAUGCUCGAGCAGCAACUCGACUGUAACGUCUUUAUGCUGGAAUAUAGAGGGUACGGCCUCUCCACGGGAACCCCCGACGAGGCAGGGUUGAAGAUAGACGCCCAGACGGCGCUGGACUAUGUUCGGAACCGGGCAGAGUUGCAGGGCACUAAAAUCGUGAUCCACGGCCAGAGUCUAGGCGGUGCCGUGGCUAUUGAUCUUGUUGCGAAAAACCAGAAAGAAGGAGAUAUCAAGGCCUUGAUUCUGGAAAAUACUUUCCUUAGCGUGCGCAAAUUGAUACCAAGUGUCUUCCCUGCUGCCAAAUAUGUUGCUAGACUGUGUCAUCAGACAUGGCUGAGCGAGGAAGUGUUGCCCAAAAUCACUUCUGUACCAAUAUUAUUCCUCAGUGGCCUAAAAGACGAAAUAAUUCCGCCGGAUCACAUGCUACAACUAUUCAGCAUGGCCAAAGCGAAGGAAUGUAUCUGGCGCACGUUUCCCAACGGCCAGCAUAACGACACGGUUGCCGAGCCCAUGUAUUUCGAGUACAUACACUCUUUCAUCGUCGACGAAGUCCUGGACUAA